GCGACGGCAGUUCCCGAAACCAACCGGGGGGGAAGAGGAGCUGCGGAAAACCCGCGUCGAUAUAGACAAGACUAGUCCUCUUUUUCUUCCCGGUCAGGCAGAAGUUCUCGUGUCCAGAAUGAUUGACGUGCGGGCGUGGGCGGAGUACGUGGUGGAGUGGGCUGCCAAAGACCCCUAUGGUUUCCUCACUACGGUCAUACUGGCCCUCACGCCCCUCUUCAUAGCCAGCGCUCUGUUGUCGUGGAAACUGGCCAAAAUGAUCGAGGCUCGUGACCGUGAACAGAAGAAAAAGCAGAAACGUCAGGAAAACAUUGCUAAGGCCAAGAGACCCAAGAAGGAUUGAGCCGAUGCGGGUGGGACGAGGGGAUGAGGGGAACAUGAGAGAGAGCAACUGCCAAGCUCAAGGCUCUCCUGACUCCCGGGGCGCCCUGCCCUCCUUUGUCCCGGCCCCGCCACUACCAGCGCAGGCCUCAUAUUCUCCUGUCUGGAGUCGGAGGAGGGACACUGGCCCUGAUGUAAACCUCACAGUGCUAGGUCGGACAGCACUGCCACAAGGAGGCUCAUCCCGAUGAGACUCUUGUCUGCAAGAGCACAGUGGUAACCCUGUAUAGCCCAUUACUGCGCAGGAACCCGCUGAUGUGCCGUUGUGCAGCUGUUGCAGCAUCUUGCAUUCCAUUAUCGAGUUGUCUGUCUGGCUGAUUUUAUAAUGUAAUUAAAGUACUUGAUUUUUUUUCCUUCUCUUUCGUUCAUGUUACUUACAAAAUGUCCAAAUGAUUUGCUUUUAACAAAUGAAGUGCCCAUGGUUGAUUAUAAAAAAAAAUCCUCUGUAGAUUUCAGUAUUGGAUUGAUAUACUUAUUUUCCAUGCAAGUCGCCGUUAAGUCAAAUAAUUCUUCUGUGAACAAUGAACACAUUUAUAAAAAUGCACUUCUGCCAAGAGCUUAAUCAAUUCCCGUUUCUUCCUUCAACUUGAUUUGUAUCCCGUUUUAGUGCAGCGAUAUCCCCUGGGUUCAUUUUGGGUAGAAUGCAGGGUGUCCUGUUGAGCAGAGAAACUUUUCAAGCCAAGCCCUCGUAAUGGUAAACAUCUGUCCUGCUGAGGUGUCCUUGUAGCUGAAUUAAUAAAGCAAUUUUUUUGAGGUAUGAUUAAACAACCCCUGAACACCAUCUCUUAAUCCUUUGAAACUAAUAAAUGUAUCUCAUAUUUUACAG